AAGAAAACAUAUUGUAUUUCGAACAAAGGAGCAGCAACUGGCCGAACGCGUGACAGAUUCGGGGCAACGGCACGAGCCUCUUGUUGACCAGUAAUGAGUCUAACGACCGUAGCCACAAAAGAAAAAAAAAACCUUGGGACGAAAGAGCCCCCCACUCCAACAAUUGGGAAGUUGGAGAGAGCUCAGGCAUCUGAUGUAAGACUCCCGUCCCUGGGGAAAUUCAAUAUAUUAAUCCGCGCGGGGGACGGGCUAUCGUAUAAUCGAAUUUUCUGUAUAGAUUGUUCUUGCUAUCAUUUCCUUUUUUUCUCAGAGAGAUUUUUUGGGACGCUAGCACAUCUUCUGCAGAGAGGAUGUCGACCGACGAGCCCGUCCUAGGUGAUUUGGAGAAGUCUGUGUCGUGUCUUCCUUACGACCAGUUUAUCCUCUUUGGGGACUCCCUGACUGAGUUCUCUUGUAAUCAGGAGCAGGGGUUUGGAUUCCACCCAGCCUUGCAAAAUUCCUAUAGCAGACGCCUCGAUGUCGUCAACCGAGGGUUCAGAGGAUACACUACCGCGCAUGCCAUCAAAGUCUUUCCUAAAUUCUUCCCAGCACCCCAGAUAGUGCGCGUUCGACUUAUGACAAUUUUCUUUGGUGCCAAUGAUGCGGUUUUGCCAAACUUCGCUCAACAUGUGCCACUUGAAAAGUACAAGGAAAAUCUGAAGGCGAUCAUAAAGCAUCCUGCGACCGUAGCUCAGGCCCCAAAGAUCUUGCUGCUCACAGCACCGCCUAUUAAUGAACACCAACUGGUAGGCUUCGAUGCGCGGAAAGGAUUCUCGAGCCCGAGCAGAACUGCGGGAAAUACAAAACUCUACGCAGAUGCUUGUCGUGAAGUCGGUUCCUCUCUUGGUAUACCAGUGGUCGAUAUUUGGACCGCAUUCAUGAAAGCUGCUGGUUGGCAGGAAGGACAACCGUUAGUUGGAUCCAGGGAUCUCCCGAAUAACGAAAUCCUCGCAAGUUUGCUAUCAGAUGGCUUGCAUUUCACACCGGAAGGUUACAAAAUCAUGUAUAAUGAGGUGCUAAAUGUUAUUCGGACGGCAUACCCCGAUCAGGAUCCGGAGCAACUCCCCAUGGUUUUCCCUGGAUGGGAACAGGCCCCAAAAUGAGGAGCCUUAUGGGGACAUUUUGGGAGGCUUUCUUCGUUUGGCGGGGACGGAUGGCGGUAACCUGGGACUUUAGGGGCGUAAGUAAAAGCUGGGGAAAAGCCUUUGGGUUUUUUGAAAAAAAGGCCACCGCAGGUGUAAAUUAGCCAUAUAAGUAUCUAAAUAAGGGGGCCGGAAAGUUGUUAAAGCCUCUUUCUUUUGCUUGUAACUUAUGUCGUGGGUUGAACAGGUACCAGUGGCAAGCGGUCU